CGCGCAGGGCCCGGCUGCUUCCGGUGCGCGGGGCGGGGGGCGCGGGGCCGGGAGAUGGCGGACGGCGGCGCCGAGCGGGCCGAUGGCCGCAUCGUCAAGAUGGAGGUGGAUUACAGCGCGACGGUGGACCAGCGGCUGCCCGAGUGCGAGCGGCUGGCGCAGGAAGGAAGAUUGCAAGAAGUAAUUGAAAAUCUUCUCUCCUUGGAAAAACAAACACGGACGGCAUCUGACAUGGUCUCCACAUCCCGGAUAUUAGUUGCUAUAGUGAAAAUGUGUUAUGAAGCUAAAGACUGGGAUGCUCUUAAUGAAAAUAUUAUUCUUCUAUCAAAGAGAAGAAGUCAGUUAAAACAGGCAGUUGCCAAAAUGGUCCAGCAGUGCUGCACUUAUGUUGAGGAGAUCACAGACUUACCGGUCAAACUGCGCCUGAUCGACACGUUGCGUAUGGUUACAGAAGGCAAAAUCUAUGUGGAAAUUGAACGUGCUCGCCUGACAAAGACACUGGCAACAAUAAAAGAGCAGAAUGGGGAAGUGAAAGAGGCUGCCUCCAUUCUGCAGGAAUUGCAGGUGGAAACCUAUGGUUCAAUGGAAAAGAAAGAACGUGUAGAAUUUAUCUUGGAGCAGAUGAGACUCUGUCUGGCUGUAAAGGACUACAUUCGGACUCAAAUUAUCAGCAAAAAAAUUAAUACAAAAUUUUUUCAAGAAGAAAACACAGAAAAACUAAAGUUGAAAUACUACAACUUAAUGAUUCAGCUGGAUCAGCAUGAAGGCUCCUACCUCUCCAUCUGUAAGCACUACAGAGCCAUUUAUGACACUCCAUGUAUCCAGGCUGAAAGUGAAAAGUGGCAGCAGGCACUGAAGAGCGUUGUUCUUUAUGUUAUCCUUUCACCUUAUGACAAUGAACAGUCUGAUUUGGUGCACAGAAUUAGUAGUGACAAAAAGCUAGAAGAAAUCCCCAAGUACAAAGACCUCCUAAAACUAUUUACCACCAUGGAACUGAUGCGAUGGACUGCCCUAGUUGAAGAGUAUGGGAAAGAGUUGAGAGAAGGAUCCCUUGACAGUCCUGCAACAGAUGUUUUUGGCUGCACAGAGGAAGGUGAAAAGAGAUGGAAAGAUUUAAAGAACAGAGUUGUGGAACAUAAUAUUAGAAUUAUGGCUAAAUAUUAUACCAGAAUUACAAUGAAGAGAAUGGCACAGCUCCUGGAUCUGUCUGUUGAUGAAUCGGAGGAGUUCCUGUCUAACCUAGUAGUUAAUAAGACCAUCUUUGCUAAAGUAGACAGGCUGGCAGGAAUUAUCAAUUUUCAGAGGCCUAAGGACCCAAACAAUAUACUCAAUGACUGGUCUCACAAGCUCAACUCACUAAUGGCCCUAGUUAACAAAACCACACAUCUCAUUGCCAAAGAGGAGAUGAUACAUAACUUGCAGUAAGGUGCCUCAAUAAUCUCAGUGCUUUUAAAGAAGGCAUUAAAUCUUCAUUAUAAAGACUAUUACUACAGUGUGGAUAUCGUUUCUUUUGUCCCUGUCAAGCCUUCCUGGUGUAAAAUUUAGAACAUAAUACUGAAAUUCCUGUUGACAAUUAAGUUCCCUUGAUUAUUAAUUCACUUGUUAAAUGUUUUUGCUACAAUUGGUGAAAAAGUAUAAUAAAACUGUAUUGCCUGGAUAA